AUGGACGCAGAGCAGGAAGAAAUGACCUUCUUUACCAAGUACUGGCCCAUAGCGACGGGAGCCCAGACGGAUGCCAGGAAGCCAGAUGAUCCAGACGCGGGACCGGCGCACAAAUUGGCAAAGACUGCAGGACAGAAGGGGGAGGGCAGGGCCAAGGACCAUAAAGGCAAAGGCCGCAACCCACCUGGCAAUAAGCGUCAGUAUGAUAACCGGGGAUACAACUCCUCCGGUUGGGGUAGUGGGACCCCUCUCAUCAACAUUGACCCUAUGCAGCACAAGUCCUCUGACCCUGUGCCUGACCCUCCAGCCUCAAAGCCAGCAGCAGACGCCCGUGAGACCGCACUGCCGGCGGAUGAUGAAAAUCUCCGAACGGCCUGCCAGCUUUUUCCUCAGGGAGCUCGGGCAGUGGCGGAGCAGGAGCUGAUGUCAGCGGAGGCCCAGGCGUCUCUUCUGUCAUCCAUGAUGAACAAGGGCCCCGUGCCGGGAGAAGCGGUGGAGGCUCCGGAGCCAAUGGAUGCUGCACACCGCGAGACCAAGCGACAGGCGGAGAUGCCGGAAGAGGAUGGGGCCGGGAUCACCAGCCAGCAGCUCCGCGACUGGGAUCAGGACGAUCGGGAGGAACGGCCUCUGGAUCGGGCAACGGAGAAGAAACUCUUCUCAUUGUGCCUGUCAAUGAGUCGGUUGAUGAUGAGGCACGAGGAUCAGUUGUCCAUCAACCGGGCGCAGGACAACUACGUCAUGUUUGCCCAGACCCAAGGAGUGUUGUCAGCCGUCCCGGAGCUCUUCAAGGCGACAGAGGCCUGGCGCCAGAUGAAGAAGGAGCAGCCGGAGCUGCUUCUCAGGACUUGGAUGCUGGGUGGAUUUGCUGAUGGAAGCUGUGAUGCAGUCCGAGCGCUCCAUCCAGCAGGCGAAGGACACGCUCGUCCUUGA